AUGGAGGUUUCCAAUUGGAUUGAAAUAAGUUUCAUCACCAUCUAAUCACUCCCCUGAAAUGCACGUUGAAAAUCGGAUCUGGGUUCUGUGAAUCUUGGACGAACUACCUGUCAAAAACCUUCGCUUCUUCAACCAAAGCGUUGACUUGCAGGUGGACUGUUUGCUUGUGUUUAAGGAAGUAUCGUUCCUCUUCCGGAAGCUAUCGCCCUUCCUACUUCCUAUUGUUGUGGUUUCUUCAUGGAAAAUGAACCCUUUCUCUUGAAUCCCGGAGGAGCAGAGGAAUCCGACGGCAUUUCGACGUGUAAUGGCCUUUCUUCCGGUGCACGUGAUGUUGCCGAUGAUGCUGGCAUCGCCGUUCCGAGGACGCCCCGUUCUUCUUCUCCAUUUGUCGAUUUCAUUGCCAACUUGAACGAUAUGGAGAAACCGGUAAUCUGCCGUUCACAUUCUGCUCCUUCGUUGUUCAGCAGAAACAAGGAAUCGGUUCCCGACCUUUUAAAUCCUGGACGCGCCCCUGAGUUUGCCUCUUCCAUCGUCCGCCACGCAUUGAUUGCUGUCCUCAUGUAUUUCAUGUUCGGCGUUGUCAUCUACAUAACUACUGGAAAUUUCGAGGGCCAGGAGACGGUGAGAUUCAUCGAUGCCGUGUAUUUCACCGUGGUCACAUUCUGCACGAUCGGUUAUGGUGAUAUCGUCCCCAGCACCACAUUUACCAAGCUAUUCACUUGCGCAUUCAUCCUGGCAGGGUUCGGGUUACUUGGGAUUCUGCUCAACGGAUUGGUCACCUACAUCUGCGAUCGGCAGGAAGCCGUCAUGUUGAGCGCCGUGGACGAGAACAGCUUCAAUGCGAUGGUUCAGACGUAUAUGGUCGACAAGGAAAAGGGCAGGAUGAGGAUAAGAAUCAAAGUUUGCUUGGCUUUAGGUGUGGUCUUCGUUUGCAUUGCCGUAGGGACGGUGACGGUUCGUUGCUUGGAGGAUUUGAGUUGGGUCGAUAGCUUUUAUCUGUCUGUCAUUUCAGUGACAACCGUUGGUUAUGGAGAUUGUGGGUUUUCAACCGCGGCGGGUAGGUGUUUCGCAAUAGUGUGGCUACUAUUGAGUACAUUGGCCGUCGCUAAGGCGUUCUUGUACCUAACCGAACUGAGAGUCGACAAGAGGAAUCGCCUGAUCGCAAACUGGGUUCUCCAGCAGAAGAUGACUCUGGGGGAUUUAGUCGCGGCCGACUUGGACAAUGACGGAUAUGUCAGAAAAUCGGAGUUCAUUAUCUACAAGCUAAGGCAGAUGGGAAAGAUAGCGGAGAGAGAUAUCGCCCUGAUAGGCAACCAAUUCAAUGUUUUGGACACUAGGAAAUGUGGCAAGAUUACCCUUUCUGAUCUUAUGGAAAGUGAAUGAUUCAGGAGUGAAGUGUGGCAUGCGCUUGGUAAGCCCAAUCCUGGUGCUUGUCUGUUGUCCUUCUUUCAAGAAAACAGAAAAGAAAAGAAAAGGCGAUCAAUUCUUUUGGGGCGUUUGUUGUAUUCGAUGGUUGUGGUGCAUCAUGCGUGCUUGGAAAGAUCAAUGCGAGCCGGAUGAUGUGAAGAAGAAAAUCAGUGUAUGAGCUUACCAAAUUUCCAAGAAUACAGCAUGCAGAGACUGCCUCGACACACUAGCUCUUCAUUUUCUUGUUCAAGCAACACCAGCUCCCACGAAAACGCGAUGUAGAGAUGCAAAAGCUUGCCUUUUCUUUCCUUCUUGAAAUUCGUCUGAUGUCCAGAAAUUUCUGCGAAAUUCGCAGUUUCAAUGAUUUCUUC